AUGUCUUCGUCAAGUACAAUACCUCCGAUCGAUUACCUGGCUGGGAAAUUGAGGGAGUCCGCUGAACGGCAUCCGUCCCCACAGCCGAGCCAUAUUAGUAGUUCCGGUCUCUCGAAGGCCUAUGGCAAUGGCCACCGCAUUCUUCGAUCUGCGACUGUGGGCUAUGUCGCCCCUGAGUUUAAGGGAAAGCCACAGCAGAUGACGGAGGUCAAGGAAGUUAUUGGCCGAGGCGGCUGGAUCCCGGAUGCUCUUGUCGACAAACAGAUUGCCUGGUUCUACAACGAGCUCGGAAUUGAUGAUGUCUAUUUCCAGCUGGAGCAGGUUGAUGUCAUUGCCAAUCAUAUCACAUCUCUCUAUGCCGCCAAAGUAGCCGCGCAUGCGCGCGAAGACAAGCGCGAGGAGAUUCGCUUAGACAUGGAGGCCUACGACCAUGCUAUCUAUAUUGACACCAGCGAACCCGGAAAAAGCGCCAUCGGUGGACCACGAUUUGAAACCAGGCUGGAAACAAAGUACCUUGAUGGGUCAUACCUCAACAAAACGUUUCGCGUCGAGACCUUCCGCUCGCCUGUCAGCCUGGGCGAUUCUGCCUCGCCAAAAACAUCCCUGCGGUGCUAUUUCGUUUACCAAUGCCAGUUCGUCGACCCCACAGCUUCUCCUACCGAGACGCGCCUCGAGGUCAUCAGUGACCGCAUGUUUCUUGCAAAGGCAACGAAGAACACCAAGCAGAUUUACCAAGAGAUAAUCGAACUGGCAGUAAGCAGAACUGGCCCUGUCAUUGAGGUCUUCGACAUCGAAGGCUCGCAGGAGAAACGCCUAGUCGUGGCAUUUCGUUCCAGAACUGCCCGCGGCAUGUUCAGUGCUCUCAGCGACCUUUACCACUACUACGGUGUCACAAGCUCUCGCAAGUACGUAGAGCAAUUUUCCAACGGCAUUACUGUCAUGAGCAUUUACCUUCGACCGGCUGUGAACCUCGACAGCGGAUUUCCUCCCUUGGAGCAGUCCAUCCAUCAGAUCACCAAGGAAAUUUCACUGCUGUACUGCGUCCCCCACAACAAGCUGCACAAUCUCUUUGCGUCCGGCGAACUCAGCCUUCAAGAAGCGAUCUACGGCCACUGCGUCUGGGUCUUCAUCCAACAUUUCCUUAAUCGGCUGGGAUCUGAGUAUGCGUCGCUCUCUGAGGCACUAGACGAUAGCAACAAUGUGCACAUGGUACUGCUGUCAAAACUGAAGCGCCGUUUACGAACCGAGACCUUCACACCUGACUACAUACUGGAUAUUGUCUCUUCAUAUCCGGGUCUCGUCCGAGCUCUCUAUGCAUCGUUUGCCAAUGUGCAUCUUGCCGUUGGUGCUGGGUUUGAGCGACAAUCAAUCGCCCCUACUCCUACAAUUGAGGUUCUCUCGGACACGGGACUCAAGCAGAGAAUCACAAAGGAGGUUUCAAACGAACACGAGGAAAUGGUUAUGACUGCGUUUCGCGUCUUCAACAACGCCAUCCUGAAAACCAACUACUUCACACCCACAAAGGUGGCCUUGAGCUUCCGUCUCGAUCCGUCCUUUUUGCCCGAGUUUGAAUAUCCGCGGCGGCUCUACGGUAUGUUUCUUGUAAUCAGCUCUGAAUCGCGUGGUUUCCACCUUCGCUUCCGUGAUAUCGCCCGGGGUGGUAUUCGGAUUGUCAAGUCCCGCAGCAAGGAGGCCUAUAGAAUCAAUGCUCGCAAUCUCUUUGACGAGAACUACGGACUGGCAAGCACCCAACAACGCAAGAAUAAGGACAUUCCGGAGGGCGGAUCCAAAGGCGUCAUCCUUUUGGACCCAAAACAACAGGACAAAGGCCGGGAGGCAUUUGAGAAGUACAUUGACAGCAUUCUGGACCUCCUCCUGCCGGCCAAGACACCCGGAAUAAAAAAUCCAAUCGUCGACUUAUAUGGGAAACAAGAAAUUCUUUUCAUGGGACCCGAUGAGAACACUGCGGAUUUGGUUGACUGGGCUACGAAACACGCCCUCGAGCGCGGAGCACCGUUUUGGAAGUCGUUUUUCACGGGCAAGUCACCCACCCUCGGCGGUAUUCCACAUGACGCGUACGGAAUGACAACACUAUCCGUGCGUGAGUAUGUACAGGGGAUCUACCGCAAGCUGAGUCUUGACCCUGCGAACGUCAAGAAGAUGCAGACUGGUGGCCCCGAUGGAGACUUGGGCAGCAACGAGAUUAUUCUCAGCGACGAGAAGUACACAUCUGUUAUAGAUGGUUCCGGCGUUCUUGUGGAUCCCAAUGGUCUGGACAAGCUAGAACUGGUCCGCCUGGCCAAAAGCCGUGCCAUGAUUUCCCAGUUUGACCAGACCAAGCUAUCGAAGGACGGCUUUCGAGUGCUGUGCGACGACACCAACACGAUUCUUCCUAGCGGAGAGGUUGUUGCAAACGGCACUGCUUUCCGAAACACGUAUCACCUUCGGGAUACGGGCAUGACCGACAUAUUUGUGCCCUGUGGUGGUCGUCCGGAGUCGAUCGAUCUCGUUUCUGUGAACAAGGUCAUCAAGGAUGGCAGGUCCAUCUUCCCAUACAUUGUCGAGGGUGCAAACUUGUUUAUAACACAAGAUGCAAAGCUUCAUCUGGAGGCUGCCGGCUGCGUUUUGAUCAAGGACGCAUCGGCAAACAAGGGCGGCGUGACAUCUUCGUCUCUUGAGGUUCUUGCCUCUCUUUCCUUUGACGAUGACGGCUUCCGUAAGAGCAUGUGCCACAAUGCCAAAGGCGAAGCUCCGGAGUUUUACAAGGCCUAUGUGAAAGAGGUUCAGAACAAGAUUUGUGAAAACGCCCGCCUUGAAUUCGAGGCCAUAUGGCGCGAACAUGAGCAGACCGGUGUGCCUCGUUCUGUCCUUUCAGAUAAGCUGUCCGUGGCCAUCACGACUCUGGAUGAGGAGCUGCAAAAGUCAGAUCUCUGGGAAGACGAGCGUAUCCGAAAGAGCGUUCUAAACGACGCACUUCCCCGGCUCUUGCUUGAUGAAAUCGGCCUGGAAACGAUCAUGCAGCGUGUGCCAGAUGCCUAUUUGCGAGCCAUCUUUGGCAGUUUCUUGGCCAGUCGGUUUGUGUACGAGUUUGGGUCUUCACCAAGCCAGUUCGCAUUUUUUGACUUCAUGUCCAAGAGAGUGGCGCAGAUCCGAGCUUGA